CAGCUGUGUUUCGGGAUGCGUUUCCUUGGGCAGGGGAGCAGCCCCAGGUGGAGAGUAUCUGCUUUUCUGUGUGCAUAUGUGUGCUUCUGUUUCCAGAUCUCCCCGCUGGUCUGCUUCCUGCUGUCCCCUGCGGCUUCCUUCAUCACCGGACAGUUGGUGGAUGUGGACGGGGGCCAGUCCUUGUAUACGCACAUCUUCGAUGUACCAGAUCACGACAACUGGCCUGACGGAGCAGGGGACGUUUCUGUCGUCAAACAGUUGAAGGAGGAUUUCAAGAGUAAAAGCAAGCUCUAAGCUAAGGAAACUACACGUGUCUUUUGUCUCCAAAUGCCUUAAUAUCUCAAGAAUGCACUUUCGUACUUUCCAGGAGCUGCUAAUAUGAAGGGAACUAUCACUUUCUGCCUUUUAAUGUUAUCAGUCAUGCCUAUGCAAAAACUGUUCCUGAAAUAAUGCACAUUUAAGCCCCAGACAACACUGUUUAGCCUGUGAUUAAAGAUUUCUUUUUUAGGAAUGGGGCUUAACAGUCUUUAUGAUUAUGCCUUUCCUUUCUAAGCAAGCUAAUUGAAAAAUGAAGUCAUUUCAAAUUAAUAAUAGAGGUAUCAUGAUCUCCCAAAAAGGUUUUAAUAUUUGUUUGUAAAGGUGGGCAGUAAACCCAAAUUCUGGCCUCUGGAUGAUUCUUAAAACCAGAGAUAUACAGUGAUUCAUGUCUCAUGGUGGGUAUCAUGCUUUUGGGGCCAUAAAGCUUUAUGAUAAUUAUCGAUGAUUCAUGAAGUUAGAUUUGCAUAAAGCCUCUGGAGUCAGAAGAGAAGUAAAGUCAUGUGCAGCAUUUCUUGGAAGUA